CUGUUUUCUUUUACUGUGUUGUUGCCUCUGAAUCGAAUUCGGAACUGCGUUAAUAAUGGGAAACAGAACAAGCAAAAAUUCAAUGAAGACAUCGGCCAAGGCCUACACGAGGGAACUGAGAGCGUACGAGGCUGCAUGUAAAGAAGACACGGAGAUCCAGUCUUUCGACACGCGUAUGCACGCACGGACGAGUCACGUGAUAAGCACACUAGCUAAGGACGUUGAGGUUCGAGCGCUCUCGUUCGAUUCCUUGAAAGAAGUGACGCAGUUUUUGUUGGAGAUGAACCUAGAAGUUGUGAAAGUGAUCUUGGAUUGCAAGAAAGACAUAUGGAAAGAUAAAGAAAUGUUUGAGCUCACUAAAGAUUACUUUGAGACUAGUUUGAAGACGCACGAAUUCUAUGAUGCUUUGGCGGACAGCCUGCAGCGGGUUCGUAGUAAUCACCACUUGAUUCUUGGUGUUCUUCGGCAGUUUGAAGAAGAGAGCCUUGUUCAAGGUGGGAACGGAUACAAGACGACACUUGAAAAGCUGAAGAAUUUCGAAGACGUACAGAAUCCUUUCGGCCAAGACUUCUUCAACAUGUUCCAAUCUGUUUACACACGACAGAUGCUAAUGCUCGAGAAGCUUCAGCUUCGUAGGAAGAAGUCCGACAAGAAGCUCAAGCACAACUGCUCCAGCAUCAUCUUCGUGGCUACCUAUGCCACUGUGCUCAUCUGCUCUGUUGUGGCUGCGGCUAUGUCCGCUCCUCCUGUGGCUCCGGCUCUCGCUGCUCCAGUGCCACUCGGUACCAUGGGGAAAUGGAUCGACUUGCUGUGGAAGAACUAUGAGAAAGCACUCAAAGGACAUAAAGACGUGAUCAGUUCGAUGCAGCCAGGGACAUAUGUAGCAGUGAAGGAUUUGGAUGAUAUUCGGUUAUUGAUCCAAGAGUUGGAUAUUGAGAUCAGGAGUAUAAAGAAGAGUGAUAAAUAUGCGGUGGAGCUUAAAGCAGUCAUGAUUGGGGUCAAUGCCAUUAAGAAGAUUCUUGAGGUGUUUGAGAAGAAUAUAGAGGAAUUGGAGACUCAGGUGGAUUUGUGUAGCAGAGAUAUUAGAAGGGCAAGGACUGUGAUUCUCCAGAGGAUCAUCAAUCAUCUCAAUAAUUGGUAGUAGCAGCACCUGAAAAAAUACCCAAAAAGAAUUCAAAUCUCCCUCUUCUUAAGCUUUAUGCUGCAAAUAAUGAAAUUCUCGAAGACUCUAUAAACAGUAGUACAGAUUCAUUCUGAUUCUAUAAUAUCAGUGUUCAAUAAUUCUAUUAUAUAAACUGUUUAUGAUGACUCUUGCAUAUUUUUGUAUUCUUUGAUGAUUGACAUUUGAAACAAUGGGAUGGAAGUCUUUUCACUUUUGAGACUAUCAGUAAAUGAUGGUUCUGAGUUCUGAGAGAAGUGGUAGACUAAUAUACUAAAAGGAACUCAAACGUACAAAACUAAUUCACAAGUGUGGAAUCUGAAAACUAGGGGAGUGUUAGUUAAAGGAUCUGUGACAGCAUUCAGUUCUGCUAAACUCCAAAGAACUACGCCUUAGAAGAGACUUGAUCAACGAGAGCAGUCUCGAACUCUCAACCAAUGCCCAAACCAAAAUCCUACAUCAAUCCACAAAUAUCUCAACUAAUUGACAUCAGCUACACUUCCUUGUACCAUCCCUAGGAUAUUUACAAUAGUCAUGCACUAGACUUAACAAGAUCACCUUACCCAAACUGUCAGCAGAGAAACAAACAGAAAGUUAAAGCCUAUAAAGCUUAAUCUUACAUUCUGAACAAGACAAAAACAUGUCAACUAGA